AUGGAGAAACAAAAAAACCCGUUUGAAAUCCUCGGCGUUUGCGAAUCCUCCACCGCGAGGGAAGUCGACGACGCGUUUAAACGACUCGCGAAAAGUUCACACCCGGACGUGAUGAUGACGAUGCAUGCGAAGAGUAGUAACAGUAGCAGCAGUAGUAGUAGUUUUGCGACGACGAGGAAUUUUCAAGCCAUCUCGCACGCCCGAGACGAGUGCUUAGCGAUGAUUGCGGAGAGAAAUAUGAUGCAUUAUAGUAACGACGAGUUUGGUGGCGGUCGUUACGAUCAUCAUCAUCAUCAUCAUCAGAGGAUGGCGAGAAACGCGAGCGCGGCGAGGUAUUACUACGCUCGAGCGCGCUCGCCUUCGCACGUGAGCGCGACCUCGUUCGGGUUGGUCUUGGCGUUUCCGUUCGUGUUUGGGUUAUCGUUUUUAGGGUCCGUGAUGAAUUCGUCGUCGGACGGAGAAAGUGUUUUGGGGAAUUCAAAGUACGGGGUGGGAGAGAUUGGACGACCGAAUGGCGUGUUGCACCCUCCCGAGAACGCUUGGUUGAAAGACGACGCGAGAAGUCGCACGGUGAGUUCUCCGACGUUUCAAAAGCUCGUCGGUAUGUUUGGGGGGUUGUUUGGAAAAAGUAAUAAUAGCGAUGAUAGUCGUAGUAGUAGUCGCGAUGAUGCGAGUAAGUAG